AUGUACUUUAGCAACUGGAGAGAUCAGCCAUCGGAAUUUCGUUUACCAUUCAUUUAUAAUAUGACAUCGGGAGCGAUUUACACGUAUGCAGCUGCUUACAAGCGCUUUGGCUCACAGGUUAUCAUUUCAUCACUGAAUCAUUCAUUUAUCGCAUUCAUCAGGAUUGCACUGAUCAUUUUAUGA